GUGGGGCGGAACGGGGAGGACGGGGGCGACGGGGCCGGGGCGAGGACGACUGAGCCGGGAGUGAGGCGGCGGCGGCGCGUUUGUUGCAGUGCGGGAGGCGACGUGCACAUCGAGCCGCGAUACCGGCAGUUCCCGGAGCUGACGCGGUCGCAGGUGGUGCGGAGCGAGCUACUGAGCGGUUUCAUGUGGUUCUGGAUCCUGUGGCACUUCUGGCACAGCUCGGACAGCGUGCUGGGCCAUUUCCCGUACCCCGACCCCUCGGCCUGGACGGAUGAGGAGCUCGGCAUCCCGCCCGACGACGCCGAGUAGGCGCCGCAGUCGCAGUGGUGAAGGUGUGUGGAACUAAGGAGGCCCUGGAACUGCUGCUUUGCUCUGCUGUCCUGGACUCAAUAAAGUGAGCUGUUGACAAAUGCUGA